GUUCAAGAACCACGGUGCGGCUUGUGACCCGCAUGGGGAACCCUGGUGCCAAUGGGCCCUUUGCUCCACUGGUGCGCAUUUUGAGGCAGUUUGUUGGUGCCAAGCGGUUCAAUCAGCUCAGAGGGAAGGCCAUCUCGCUGCACUCGCAAGUUAUCAAACAAUUCUGUAGCCAGGUUGGCUCCUCCAAAAAGCAAGCACAGGGGGUGAUCCGGUUGGCGAAAAAGAAUGGCGAAAAGCUGGGAUUCUUGGCUUGA